AUGCUCACCUUCACAGCUCGUCCACAAUUCUUUCCUGGACACCAUUUGAUAAAUGGAUUCGUCAUCACAAAUCCAUUGACUUUAAUCUCAGAAUCUCAGAAUCUCAGAAUCUCAGGAUCUCAGAAUCUCAGAAUCUCAGAAUCUCAGAAUCUCAGAAUCUCAGAAUCUCAGAAUCGCAGAAUCUCAGAAUCUCAGAAUCGCAAAAUCUCAGAAUCGCAGAAUCUCAGAAUCGCAGAAUCUCAGAAUCUCAGAAUCGCAGAAUCUCAGAAUCUCAGAAUCGCAGAAUCUCAGAAUCUCAGAAUCUCAGAAUCGCAGAAUCUCAGAAUCUCAGAAUCUCAGAAUCUCAGAAUCGCAGAAUCUCAGAAUCGCAGAAUCUCAGAAUCUCAGAAUCUCAGAAUCUCAGGAUCUCAGAAUCGCAGAAUCUCAGAAUCGCAAAAUCUCAGAAUCGCAGAAUCUCAGAAUCUCAGAAUCUCAGAAUCUCAGAAUCGCAGAAUCUCAGAAUCUCAGAAUCUCAAGAAUCUCAGAAUCUCAGAAUCUCAGAAUCUCAGAAUCUCAGAAUCUCAGAAUCUCAGAAUCUCAAGAAUCUCAGAAUCUCAGAAUCUCAGAAUCUCAGAAUCUCAGAAUCUCAGAAUCUCAGAAUCUCAAGAAUCUCAGAAUCUCAGAAUCUCAGAAUCUCAGAAUCUCAGAAUCUCAGAAUCUCAGAAUCUCAGAAUCUCAGAAUCUCAGAAUCUCAGAAUCUCAGAAUCUCAGAAUCUCAAGAAUCUCAGAAUCUCAGAAUCUCAGAAUCUCAGAAUCUCAAGAAUCUCAGAAUCUCAAGAAUCUCAGAAUCUCAGAAUCUCAGAAUCUCAGAAUCUCAGAAUCUCAGAAUCUCAGAAUCUCAGAAUCUCAGAAUCUCAGAAUCUCAAGAAUCUCAGAAUCUCAGAAUCUCAGAAUCUCAGAAUCUCAGAAUCUCAGAAUCUCAGAAUC